AUGCUAACCAACAGCAGUCCCUGCUCUUUGCAGGUGACCACCAGGACAGCUAAUGGCAGUCAGCUACUCCUGAAGAUUGUUUUUUCGUUGUCAUCUAACAAUUUUUUUUUUUGUCUUUGCUUCCUUCAGCUCCAAGGAUCCUUGAAGAGAAAGUUGGUUGUAAAUCUGUCACCUGUCAACAACAAGAGGCCAAAUGGUGUUUCAGACAACUCUUUCCUUGACAUUAAGAGGAUAAGAGUGGGUGAUAAUAUCUCAAUGGGACAAGGUGGGCAUCAUGUUAACAAUUGCCAAAACCAGUCAAUGUCUGGAACUAUGUCUGUGGGGCAAGGAUCACAAAGAAAGACCAGCAACCUAGCAAACAACACGCAUGCCAGUGGGAAUGGCAUUUUUAAUAUGACCUUGAAAGAAGUAAAGAAAGAACCAGGAGAAACAAUGUCUUGCAGCAAACACUUAGAUGGCCAGAUGUCCCAUGAGAACAUGUUCCCUAACAGAUAUGGGGAAGACUCAGGGGAACAGAUGAUGGAUCCAGAGCUCCAGGAACUAUUUAAUGAACUGACUAACAUAUCAGUACCACCAAUGAGUGAUCUUGAGCUAGAGAAUAUGAUAAAUGCCACAAUAAAACAAGACGAGCCGUUCAACAUUGACCUUGGGCAGCAAAACCAGAGAGUCCCUGUGAGGCCUCUGCAGAUGGAUAAGAUGGUAAUUAAGAGUGAGUAUGCACCAGGCAUGAACCAGGCUCCUGUGGGAUCCCCACAGAUGAGGCCUUCUUCUACAGGUCCAGCCUUCACUAUGGCCACUGCUGCCAUGUCCACCUCUUCACCCAUCCCUUCGGUGCCUCAGAAUCAAACACAGGUAGCGCAGGUUUCCUCUGCGUCCAGUCGGCCAUUGCCUAACUGGCAGGAGGUUUCUCAUGCGCAGCAACUCAAGCAGAUCGCAGCCAACCGUCAGCAGCAUGCCUUGAUCCAGCAACAACAGCAACAGCAGAACCAGACGGCCAACUGGUCCACCUUGUCUCCAUCAGGUCCUUCACCCGGACCUUUUGUGCAAGAAAAAAUCCCCAGUCCUUCUUUUCGUCAGCAGCAGUUCAGCCCACAGAGCUCAGCAAUGCUUGGGGUGCCUGUGAAUGGAAACCAGUCAAAAGGGAUGAACAACUAUGUUUAUAAGCCAACUACUCCCCAGAGUAAUCCCAUGGACGUGAUCAUGCAACAGAAGACUCAGGACCUCAACAGAAAUUUUAUCAACAGUGCUCAGCCACCACUAGAGCAGCAUCAUGGUAAUACAAAGCCUUUGUUUCAUUUUAACUCAGAGCAAACAAACCAGCAGAUGCCUUCAGUUUUGGGUUCCCAAAGCAAGCCUUCCCUUCUGCACUACACGCAGCAGGCUCAGAGUUCAGCGCCAGUGCAACAGCCACAACCACAGCAGCAACAGCAGCCACAGCCGCCGCCUGCUCAGCCUCUCCCAAACCAGUCUCUUCAAAGGCCACCCAGUGUACCCCUAGCAAUGCAACAGAAAAUGAUGCUUCAGAAAAUUCAGCAAAGCCAGCAAAUCUCAGGUUUGCAGUAUCCAGUCUCUCAGCAGCAUAGACAGGAUCAACAUUCUGUGGUAGGUCAGGGAGCUGGCCCCACUCCAAACUCCAGUUCUUGCUCAAAUCCAAACACUGGAAGUGGCUACAUGAACUCAUCCCAGCAAUCAAUGUUGAAUCAGCAACUGAUGGAAAAGAAGCAGGCUCUGCAACGGCAAAUGAUGGAGCAAAAACAACUCCUCCUACAGCAGCAGAUGUUGGCAGAAGCUGAGAAAAUCACUCCACAAGAUCAGCUGAACAGACACUUGACACGACCACCACCGGAUUAUAAAGACCAAAGAAGGAAUGUGGUCAACAUGCAACAAGCAAACCAGUAUCCUGGUGGUUCGCCAGCUGUGAGCAUAAACUCCUUAUCAAACCCAAUUUCAACACACAGCAUCAUGCCUCAGAGCUCCAGCCUCAUGUCCACCCCUGCUGGGACCCGAAUGCCUUCUGUUCCUGCUGCUCGGAGUAUGGGCUGCUAUGGGAGCCUUCCUUGCAACCAACCGAGCGCGUACAGCGUGACUUCAGGAAUGAACCAAAUGCAGCCACACAGAAACCAAAACCAAGUCCUGCCCAGUCAGAAUAACCCCAUGAUGUCUCGACAGCAAACCAUGACGCAAAGCAACAAUGUAGCUGCUUUUGGGACUGGGUCGGUGGUCAGCUCACAGCAAGUAAGGCCAAGUUUGAAUCACGGAGCCACAGGUAUCCCCGUGCAAAGACCACCCAAUGUGAUGAUCACAGCUACGGCCACUGCUCAGAACUGGGCCCCGCAAGAAGCUGCUGUGAAGCAGCAGGACGCACUGAAACCCGCCGGUGUCCGUUUCCCCACAGGCACUCCGUAUUCGAACCAGUCUUUGCAACGCAACAUGGGCAACCAGCAUUUUCCUCAGCGUGCAUUGGCACCUCCUAAUCAAUUAACAGCGGGAGUCCAAAUGAGGCCUCCUCUGAACCAAAUGCACCAGACUGUAAAUGGACAAUCUGCUGGUUCACUACGAGGUCUAAGUGUAAGACCUAACCAGCUAAGAGGACAGACUGUGCCUACCUUGAAUCAGUCUGGAACAAGUAUGACACCUCCGUCGUCUCUGCCUUCUACCAGUUUCACGUCUACCAACCAAAACUCCCGGGCUUACCAAGGAGGCGAUCACGGUAGUGACCUCGCGUUUGACUUUCUGAACCAGCAGAGUGACAGUAUAGGACCUGCGCUCAACAGUGAUUCGGACUUCAUAGAUUCUUUACUGAAAACGGAACCUGGUAAUGAUGACUGGAUGAAAGACAUCAAUCUUGAUGAGAUUUUGGGGAACCACUCAUAAGUGACAGUGCCAAGGGUGAAACAGAUGAAGAAGCAGUAAGGACGUUAGCUUUUUUCUUUAGAUGCCAACAAUCUGCUUUAUUAACUUACACUCCAGUAACUGGGCUGUCCUUUAAAAUACCACAUAGGGCGACCACCUUGUUUGAAGAGUUGCUCUAGGAACAGCGGUGAUGUCUCCCUGAUCAAACGAUAAUGUAAACGGUAGUCAUGGCUGUCAGAAAGGAGUGAGAAUAUGUGAAGGGUCUGUUCCUCACGCUGGUGCUCAGCACAUUGCAAACUCAUUAGUUCUUCUCGUGGGUGCUGUGUGGAAAAACACUUAGCUUCCCACACACUGAAGCACCAGAGAGUGAUAUGGGCUGUCAUUUCUCUGAGUGUGAGUAGCAGCCCAAGUGGUCCAGAGAUCUUCAGUCAUUGACUUUGCAGCCCUUAACUACCUUGGGACUACUCAGCCCUGACAGGAUCAGGCUUUGUGUAAAUCUCAUGGCGUUACAAAAACUGUUUACUUCUACAUAGUACAGACUCACACUUGUGUUUCCAAUGGUUUUGUUUCAAACCUAUGUUUUGUACCACACAAUGGGGUAAGUGGUCCCAUCCAAGGAAAGGAGACAGAUCGUGCAACAGACGUCAGCGUGUAACGUGGUGUGCUCUAGUUUUUGCUUUCUCUCUUUUGCCAACGCCUGCAGCCAGUAUCAGAGGAGGCUGCCUUCUUGUCAGCAGCACAUUUGGAGCAUAGAGGGAGACACGAUAUGAACUAUGCCAGAGCUCAGGAGCCUCCCAUUGCCACCUUGCCCUACCCCAACAACACCAGUGACUUAAUGGACAAAUUAAUUGAGAAAGGUGCUCACAGUUUGACCCUCAUGGCCUACUUUCCCAGUCCAGCCUACAGGAGGGCAAAUACAUGAUGUGGCUCAGUGAAGCCCAGCAAGUAUCCCCAUUUUCAUCUUAGCCCAAGGCAUAGGUCAGGUAAUUCAGCCCAGUCCCAAUCUAUCAAACAGGUUCUUCCUUGCAGGAAUUCUCUCUGUCUGGGAGAGACUACCAUUUUGAUUGCACAGUAAUUUGGCUCUACUUUCCAAAGCUUACCUUUGGCAUAUGAGGAAUUUUAAGAGGCCCAACAAUGGUCCACGUCAACACAGCUUCUUUCAGCAGAGUACAAGGGUGCUGCCUCUGCAACCAGCAUGCAUACACAUCUAUUGUAACUACCUGGGUUACCUGCAGUAUUCACUCAAACACAUCUAUACUUGUAAAUUGAACAGUUUUGAAGAAUAUUUUUGGGCACUCAACUCAAUCAUCUGUUCUGUUUUUUUAGGAUGGUUCAGCUAACGUUUCCUUGAGCAAUGUCUGUAUAUCGAUAGGAAAUUAAUUUGAGUCAUAGCAAAUUUGCAGCUACCAUGCACUGAAGGCUAACAGAACAGAGUAGUAAGGAUAUGGGUUCCACAUUGUUUGACUUCACUGCUAGAGAACAGUCUUGACCGUGUUAAAUUUUCUCCUAUAGGUUUGGCCAGUAAGAACACCAGAAGGAGGUCCCAUGUCACAAUAAAGUAGCUCUACUGUGAGUCUGGCAGGAGGAUUCAGAAAUGGGAACAGAUCUUGCAGUUUAAAUGAAAAUGCUGUUCUUUAAAAUGAUGUGGCGAGACAUGUUUCACAGCCUCCUCUGAAUUAGUUAAAACUAGAUGUGGCAAAGGAAUACAAUGCCUACGUUCACACGCCUCAGUGCCAAGAGGCACUGCUCUGCCCCAUCAGUGCAAGUGCUUUAUUCAUCCUUGUUAGUGGCAGUGGGAUGAGUAGACUAUCUGACAGUAGCCUCUGCACUUAUCUGACCUAUUUCUCAAGUGAGGUUUUAAUAAGGCUUUUCCAAUUAUUUCUCACUGUCAUUUCACGCGGGCACAAUUUUUCAUGAUGUUUCAAGAAGCAUGGUCACACACACAAGUGACAGCACUUCCAAGAAAGGUGUAACAUGGGCAUUUGGUGAGACGUACCAGUUGAGGCAGGUGGUCCAUGAUGCUAUUAAUUCCCAGACACACUGUUCACGAGAGGGAUGAGAAACCAUGCUGGAGUGUCCCUUCUGCCCCACCUAGUGAUCGCUGUACAUCGCUGCCGUGCAUACUGUGGUGGCUCAGCUGCCCAGAAAGUUCCAUUUUAUCCCCAGUUUUCAUUGGGGUGCAUGCAGUACUGAUGUUUCCAAGUCUUUAAAAAGCUUUUCAGCUCAGGCCACUGGCAUCCUAUCUACUUUAGGAGUGAUACAGAUGCAGUCUAACAAAUGCAUCCCCUAUAUACUGUGCAAAACUAGAGUGAAAUAGUAGCUAGGAGCUUAAAGUGUAAAGAUCAGUACACAGGCACGCACACCAUCUGUGAGCAGGUCAGCAGUGACCACCCAACCUCUUGUAUGAGCAGACAACUCUGAUUGCUAAAGCUGAGGCUGGGUUGGACUCAUCACAAGCAAUGAGCACUAAAGUCUGCUAACUUCAGCUGCACUCACAUGCCAUUGAGGAAACCACCUGUACUGAGACCAGAUUGUUUUCCAGAUCCUCAAAUGAUGUAAAAUAAUGCUCAGCUGAGGAGCUGGUCCCAAGUCUUCAAUCUAUCAUCCAGUGCUGGAUUCAAUGCUGAGCUUUGUCCUGUUGGCCCCAGCCUGCAGUAGAGGAGACACUGGGCAUCCCUGGGAUCAAAAUGUCAUGCUGUCUUAAGUAAACCCAGCAAGGCAGAGGCCACAGCAGUCCUGUAAAGAUACACCUGAUGCAUUUGAAAUAGGAGCUGGCAAAGGACUUGCUACCAAAACUUGAAUCCAGUGUCAUUUCUUCAGAACACCUGUGUCCAAGCAGAAUUAGUGUCUUUGUUUUCCUUUCUUUGCAAUGGCUAAGUGCACUACCCUUAGAGUCUAUUUUUCAUCAUCAACUGAGCACUCUUCGCAGUAUUGGGUUGUAAAUAUAAAGAAUUAUUUGUUUUGUAAACUUUUGUAAAAAAAACAAAGAAAAAAACAAAAACAAAAAACAAAACCAAAAAGUAAUAAUAUUUUGGUAGGAAUAAUAAAAUCAUAUUAUUUGGGUUAUAUUUAUACAUAUGUGAAAUAAAUAUACUAUCAGAAAGUUGUAUUUUAUACAAAAAGACAACGGUUACCUUUUGUAUUCUAUAUACAAAGUUUUGUAUGAUACGAUUGUUUAUUUUUAUCUGCAGACUUCGGAUUUUGGGGGAGGGCAGAAUGGGAUCGUGGUUAAAUAGCUGGGCCUGACCCCAAGCUCACUGAAACCAAUGGAGUCUUUCCAUUGCCUUCACAGGGCUUUGAAUCAAGCCUUUAAAUCAACUUCAGGUAUAUUUGAAAUCUGAAGCUCUCUGGAAACCUCAACAUGAAAACAUUCCAGGUUUCAAUAUUUUUUUUUUCCCCAAAAAAGGCUUUUAUUAUUCUUGUUGUUGUUGUUGUAACUCUUGGGAGGCAGGUGGGACCCGUGUAACUGUCACGUCCUUGUUGCAUGUACGUCUGCUUUAUAUUUUCCCCAUAUUAUAAACCAGUGUUUCUCUAUACAGACUGAAAAGAAAAGUUGCUGUACAGAAAUGUUUGUGUUUAUGCAUUUUUACAUGUGGCUGUAUAUACCUCUUAGUACUAUGCAGUGACACUUAUUUGACUCCAUUUAUUUUUCACCUAAACAUGAAUAGUAUGUUUUUCAGUAGCUAUCAAAACUCUGCCAAGUAAAUCAAUCAAAAUUA